AUGGGCUCAGGCACCACAUUUGCCAUUUUCAUUUUAGCAAUUUUGCUUGUUUUGCUUCCCUCACAAGUGCAUGCCUUUGGGGCUGGGAACAUCGCUUCGAUAUCUGUAGUCGAGGGCAGAAAUUGGCGCCAUGGAGAUAUCGAAGACACCGUGAAGGCCCUCGCCUUCAUCAAAGGACACAAAUGGACUGGCAUCAUGAUUAAGCGUCUAUAUUUUGGGAAUUGGGUUGAGAGAUUACUCCCAAGCUCUAGAUGUGGGAACCAUAUCGUAAAUCCCAGCAGAAAACUAUCCGGAUCCUGGUUUGGAUUCUCAGCUUCACCUCUAUCGGAUACGCAACCGCUGAAUUUGAGCAAUCCAAAGGGCUACGCGGAUAAUAAAGAUGCUAGACAGUAUGAUCCGCGGCUUCGGGCCCCAAUUCGACCUAUUGAGCUUGAGAUUGACCCGCAAACCGGUAUGAAGAACUACAUUGCCAACGAACGUGGCGAUUGGGCAACCAGUGCUGGAUUCGUGAAGUAUAGCAUUGCGCGAAGUAUACACUUUGGAAGGCUCUACCUUGGUGGUGGGAGUCAUGAAAAAGGUCGCGAAGAACAUUUGAGUGAGGCUCUGAGGUGUCUUGGCCAAGCUUGCCAUACUUUGGAAGACUUUUCGGCGCACAGUAAUUACUGCGAAUUGGUAUUGCGCGAAAUGGGCUAUCAUAAUGUUUUCCCUCACGUCGGGGUGGGAACCCAAAUGAACAUCCAAGGAAAAUACGUCUUCCCCAUCGUCACUGGCACGUUUGGCAUGACAGAUUUUUUUCACAGUUUGCUCGGGGAAGCCUCAGAUAACCUUACUCAGAGUGAAAUAAAUGAAAUGGACAACGCACUUGGUAGUGCGCAGGCAGGCUCGGGCUCCUCUGGAGCCUUGAGUGCGCUCACUGGCGUGCUCUCUAAAGUCCCCGGAAUGAAAGGCUUCAUUGCAGAAGCCGAAGCUUUGAAACGUAAAUCAGAGGCUCAGGCCCAAGCAAACCAACAGCGUGGCUUUGGUGAUUAUGGGGCAUCAAGGAGUCAUUCUGAUCCCCAUGGAAAUCAAGGUUUAAACCAGCCGAUCCCGUAUGGCCAGUCACGGGCAUCCGUACCCACGGAUAUCAACCCUCAGGAAACUAUUUCUCAAAUCUAUCCCAUUUUGGAAUUUAGAGAUAGGGUGGUCAGAAACAUAUCCUCCGCAUUAGAGAAAAUUCCUGGCCUUGCUUCGUUAAUGGAGAAAAUCGGUGAAACACUCUCUAUAUUUAUCUUUUCUCUCCUGGCUCCAUUUAUUCGGCCCGUGAUAAAAGUAGCAUCGUCAAAUCUACAGCUUGGCUCAUCCGAAUUGACAGCCUCAGAAGCUCGCGUUCAGUUCGAACCCUGGACAAACCCGGCCUGCACAGAUCCCACCCACUCAUUCCUCUCCAAGGAUCACUUUAGCAAUAUCCUUAACGAUCCGGCUGGACGAGUAGCUGCAGCUGUGGUGAAAUUCGUCGUCCCUCGUGUUUUAUAUGCAUUCCAACAUGUUGAUGUCCCGGUAGAUCUAGUGUUGAACGACUGUGUUCUCGUUUUCCACCAUCCAGCGUUUCGACGAUCGGACAACGAAGUACACCGGGAGAUGUUUGCGGAAGUCGAACGCUGGGCUCAUGAAAAGUCGCGUAAAGGGUUCAAUUUCAAUCACAUCCUUAGUGCGGAGGGUGUCAAAGCGGGGAAGAAUCAUAUUGGAGGCGAUCCUCACGCUCAUGCUCACGGCAAUAGUAACACACAUGCCUCGCCUAGCCAGCACCAGACCCAUGGACAUACCCUACCAAGCCAACAUCAACCGUAUGGACAUGCUCCUGCUCACGGCCACGAUAGCCAAUCUCAUGGCUACUGGAGCCAUAACCAAUCCCAGGCCCAAUCACAAAGCCAUUCUCACAGCGGCUUCCCAAACAUCCCCAGCCUUUCGAAUCUUCCCAACAUCCCCGGGCUGCCUCAUUUUGGACCUUCCGGGGGCUCAACCCACCCGACUUCAUCGUCUGCUUCCUCCUCAAUUCCAUGGGAUCAACUCUCCAACCUUCCCAUUCCAGGUUUCCUGGGCGGCGGCGGUUCGAAACGUGAGCUGCCAGAUGAACCGGACGACGGCAACCCUCAUAGCCAGACGCGGGCACUCCCAUCUGAAGACGCCGGAUCUGGUUAUUCAGGCCAACCCCAACCAUACCCGCAGUACCAAGAACAGCCAAAUGCCUAUCAGCAGCAGCAGCAGCAGCAACAUUAUCAGAUGUCGUAUGACGAUCCUGGAUACACGAUGCCUCCACCAUCUGGGUAUGAAAACUAUCGUCAGAACAUAAACACUAGCGAAUACCAACCUCCCACACAAGGAGCUCAUACGUAUGACUAUUACCAGGCCCCGCCAGGCAGGUACGACGACUCGCGACGGUAUUAG